GCCAUUUGACGUUGGCGAACCUGCGCGAUGAUAUCACGAGCGGGAUACGUGACGGCGUGACCACCCUACUCAUGUCCGCCUUUAUAAUUAGUGACGGAUCACAAUCUAUGCAACACUACCGACCGCUUUAGUGCCCUUUGCUCAAGAGCCAUGCGGCGAAGUAAAACUGAAGUGGACCGGUACGUCGCCUGCGCACAGACGUCCUCUCCCUCACUCAAGGAGCGCCCUGUCAAAGGCUUUUUAUUUGCUAAACUUUAUUUUGAAGCAAAGGAGUAUGAGCUGGCUAAAAGACAUGUAUCAGAGUAUCUCAAAGUCCAGGAGAGAGAUCCCAAAGCGCACAAAUUCCUCGGACAGCUUUAUGAGCGAGAGGGAGACGUCAACAGGGCGGUAGGAUGUUACAAGCGCUCUGUGGACUUGAACCCGGCCCAGAGAGACCUGGUGCUGAAAGUGGCUGAGUUACUAGUUGGCAAAGAGGGAAGUGACAGCAGAGCCGAGUUUUGGGUGGACAAGGCUGCCAAGUUGUUGCCAGGGAACCCAACAGUCUUCAACCUGAAGGAACGUCUGUUGAGUCGUCAAGGUCAGCAGGGCUGGAAUCAACUGUUUGACCUCCUUCAGGCUGAGCUGGGAGCACGACCAGGAGACGCACAUGUCAACGUGAAGCUGGUCCAGCUUUUUUGUCAGGACGGUCGACUGGAGGAGGCAGUUAAGCACUGCUUGGCCACUGAGAGGAGGGGCUUGAUGCGCCACAGUCUGGACUGGUACACUGUAGUGGUGCAGACACUUCAGGACUACCUGGCUCAGCCCAGCAUGUCUAGCAAUGACAAGAUGUGUCGAGGUCUUCAGAGAGAGCUGCUCUUGGCUCACUGCAACCUUGUGAGAAUCACACUAUCUGGAAGCACUGUGCAGUCCUGCCUUGAUGCUCUCACAUGUUUUGACCGCACAAUGCAGAAGCUGAGCAGUGUUGCAGGCCAAUACACAGAUGAUCUUUGUGAAGUGUUUGUGGAGAUGCGAGCUCACCUGUACCUGCACGCUGGUACACUUCUCUUGAAGCUGGCUCAGGAACGCCACCAGACAUGGAGGGCUGUCAUUGACCUGACGGCACUCUGCUAUUUGCUGGCCCUGCAGGUUCCCAGACCCAAGCCAAAGGUGACCAAGAGAGAUCAGUCAGCCCCACAGCUUCUAGAGCUGCUGGCUAACGACAGACAGAGUCAAGCUGGCCACAUGCUGCUCAAUCUCAGCACAGAUUCAUGCAGCUUGAUCAGAGAGGUGGUGGAGGCAUUUGGGAACCGCAGCGGUCAGGACUCUUUAGUUGAACUACUGUUUGGAACGCAGGCCUCUACUGGAUCCUCUUUCAUUGCUAAUGAUGACAUCCAUUUUAUUAGUGCACAAGCUCCAGAAAUCUCGCAGCUAGCCAAGUGCGAUGCAGGUUCUAUCCUGUUGUAUAGCGGUGACUUGCAACAUCUGAGCUGGUUAGGGUUGCAGUGGGCCAUUUUAGGCCAAAGGCCGUCCUUGCGGCCCUGGCUACAGCAACUUUUCCCCAGACUUACCCUAGAAACUUCCAAACUGGACACAAAUGCACCAGAGUCCAUCUGCCUUCUGGAUUUGGAGGUGUUUAUACAUGGCGUGGUGUUCUGCUGCCAUAGUCAGCUACAGGAGACGGCAAAGAUAAACAGCGGCAUAAACCAACAGCAACAGCAGCUGUAUGAGCCUCGCUGCCUCCCUCUUCCCCUCCUUCGCCUCUUGACCACAGAGAGACAGAGGGAGUGGUGGGAUGCCAUCUAUAGCCUCAUUCACAAACGAGCUGCUCCUGGCAUGUCAGCCAAAUUGCGAAUGAUAAUACAACAUGGAAUGAGCACAUUGCGAGCCGGAGAGAAACAUGGGUUGCAUCCAGCACAGGCCAUCUACUGGGCUCAGUGUCUCAGCCAGACUGGUGAUAGCAGUAACUCGUACUAUGACCAGAAGGAGUACAUCAGCCGCAGUGUCCACUAUUGGAAAGUUGUCCUCCCACUGUUGGACAAGAUCAAAAGCAGAAGAAGCAUACCAGAACCCCUCGACCCCCUCUACAUACACUUUCCAUCCAAGGAUAUUCAGGUCUCCUCUGUGAAGGGUUUUGAAGAAGAAGCCAAAAUAGCUUAUGCAACUCUGCUUGACAUCGAAGGCAAGACCGAGGAGGCCAUUGCAACUUUGGAAUCAAUCAAUAACUUGUCAUCUGUCUGGCUUUUGGCUCAGAUCUACCAGCGGCUAUCUGAGGAGGCCAGCAAUGGAGUUGAGGAGACACAGGACAGGUGCAUCACUUUUCUGAAGAAAUUCAGGGUUUACCUCUCAAAGAUCUACAACGCCAAUGCGGAUGAAGUUGAAAAACUUCCGGUGUCCAUGGAGGAUGUUGUGGACCGUCUUAAUGAUGUGAACCAGCAACUUGGCGAGAGUGGAGAGGAUGAAGAACAGGAGAAGAAUGAUAGUUAUAGAGGACCAGCCCAUUCAAGCCCUGGUUAUCCCGCAGAUUCCAGUGCCACCAUAUCCCACAUAAAAUUUUCCACUCCCUCCCCAAACAAAAGCAUCGUCUCUCCUUCCAAAAGACACCUGAUUUCUCCAAAGACACCACCACACUGGGUGGAGGACCAGAAAAGUCUCCUCCAAAUGCUGUGUCAGCAAGUUGAAGCCCUUAAGAACGAGGUCCAUGACCUGAGAAACAACUCUUCAGCAAAUGUGAGCUCUCCUCAUCACAAAAUGUAUCCCGAGAGCUAUGGCGCUGAAGGGCUUCAGGAGACUUUCACUCCUGUGCAGUCCUACCAUGGCGCCCCCCUGACAGUUUCCACUACAGGUCCCUCUGGGUAUUGCAAUCAGUCUCCAGCAUACAAUUCUCAGUAUCUCCUGCGCACAGCUGCCAAUGCAACCCCCACAAAGGGCCCAAUGUAUGGUAUGAACCGUCUGCCACCUCAGCAGCAUAUGUAUGCCUAUCAGCCGCCGACCCAUACUCCUCCAAUCCAAACCGCCCCUGCCUGCGUAUACCCGCCUCAAGAACAGAGCUUCACUGCCCCUCUUCGAUUUGAAUCGCCAGCAACAAGCCUCCUGUCCCCAUAUAGUGAAGAAUAUUAUAGGCAGAGUGUAACUCACCAAAAUACCAACCCUGCUCUACCCGAACCUGGUUAUUUCACCAAACCAUCUGUAAUCCCUGCUCAGCCACCAAAGAGCAUUGAGGGCAAACCUAUGGAUCUCGGGAAGUUCUCCUUUAGCCAGCAGACACCUGCUGAAGUCCCAAAAGUUCCUAGUUUUGGAACAAGCACAGUUUCACAGUCAAUGCCAUCAGCUGCCUUUAAAUUCAACUCCAACUUUAAAUCCAACGAUGGAGAUUUCACUUUCUCAGCAUCCCAAGCUAAACACAGUGAAAGUUUGCUCGGCCUUCUUACAUCUGACAUCCCAACUACUAAGACUGAUACUUUGCCGGAGAAGCCUCCUACUCAAGAGCAGACAUUGGGCCAAGCAAGUAUUUUCACUUUUGGCAAUAAAAAUUCAUCCAGCUUCUCGUUUCCUAAUACAGUGCAAAGCACAGGUCCUUUGGGUCAUUUUGGGAAAGUAGAGCAGCCAUUUAAGUUUGGAGAUGUUACCAAGCCAGUAUUUGGUCUCGCAAAGUCUGUAACUGAAGAAGAAAAUGCAGCGGAUAGCGACAAUGAUAGCACUCAUGUUGAAGAGGAUGAUGAUUAUGGUCCUCACUUUGAACCCAUUGUACCACUUCCUGAUAAGGUUGAUGUGAAAACGGGUGAGGAAGAUGAGGAGGAGUUUUUUUGCAAUAGAGCAAAGCUGUAUAGAUUUGACACAGAGACAAAAGAGUGGAAGGAACGGGGCAUUGGCAAUGUUAAAAUCUUGAAACAUACAACUACGGCGAAGAUCCGACUCCUAAUGAGACGGGAGCAGGUCCUCAAGAUAUGUGCUAAUCACUACAUAACCACUGAUAUGAAACUGAAACCAAAUGCCGGUUCUGAUAAAUCAUGGGUAUGGAAUGCCAUUGAUUAUGCAGAUGAAAAGCCUAAGCCUGAGCAACUAGCCAUACGCUUCAAAACAAUAGAUGAGGCUUUGCUGUUUAAGAGUAGGUUUGAAGAAGCCCAAAGCAUUGUGGUGAAAUCACAAGAGAAGCAACAAGAGAAGAAAGAAGUUGUAAAAACAUCUAAUCCACUGGAAACUUUGACAGCAAAGUUUGCACUUAAAGAAGGGCAAUGGUAUUGUACUGUCUGCUGUGUGAGAAAUGAGCCCAAUGAUAUUCGGUGCGUUUCUUGUCAAAGCGCCAAUCCCAAUUCCUCUACAACACAAGACAUGGUAGCUGACGAAACAAAAGUCACUCCCUUUUCUUUCAAAUUUGGGACAAGUGAAUCAAAAACCACCAGUUCUGGCUCCACCUUUCCUGGAUUUAGCGCUUUCGGGACUUCAUCCGCUUCAUCUUUUACGUUUGCCACAAAUUCUAGUAAACCUGCUGACACAAUAGUAAAGCAAAGUGCGUCAACAAGCAAGAACUCAGAAUCCAUUGUGAGUUCUGCAUUUGGCAGCCAAUUUACAAAGAAACCAGAUCAGUGGGAGUGUGAUGUAUGUUAUGUAAAAAAUGAAGCUGGUGCAGACAAUUGUGUUGCCUGUACAAAUCCAAACAACAUCACUAAAUCAAAAGAAGGAGCUCCUGUGGUUGCAAAUCUAUCUACAGUACCGGUUUCAGCUUUUGGAGCUGAUUUAGUAAAGAAUGAUGGGCAGUUACAAGCAAAAUUUUCCAAGGCCGGUCAAUGGGAGUGUGACACCUGUUUGUUGAGAAAUGACUCCACUAGCAGUAAAUGUGUUGCCUGUCAGACACCAAAUCCUAAUGCGGAAAGGACUAGUACUACUACUGCAUCACCCUCCACCUUUAGCUUUAACUUUGGAGUGAAGACAGCAUCAGGCCUGCCGACCGGAACUGGCUUCCCAGCACCUUUUGGAGAUGGCAGUUCAUUUCAGUUUGGGCAAAACAAAGUUGAAACUUCUGUGGCUUCUUUCAAGUUUGAAGCUUCCCAGUCUGCUCCAAGUACAACAAGUUCUUCUGGAUUCUCUUUCUCCAUGCCUAUGCCUGCAGGUGGCUUUACAUUUGGAAUUCCGAGUACUGCAAAAGAUGAAACAGAUAACUCAACCUCAUCUGAACAGAUGGUUUCAGGUUCAGCCUCCAGCUUUCUUAAAAGCAUUGCUGAUAAACAGAAAGUGAAAGAAAAUGAUUUUACUCCCCCAGAGGUCAGUCAAGAGCUUGAGACAAAUCCAUUAAUAUCUGGUAAAACUAAUGCUUUUAGCUUUGCCGACCUGGCAAAGUCUUCUGGAGGAGACUUCCAGUUUGGCCAGAAGGACCCCAGUUUCAAAGGUUUCUCUGGCGCUGGUGAACAACUGUUCUCGUCAACACCCACCAAGAUGAAUGCCACAAAUGAGCAGGGGGAAGAUGACAUGUAUAAAACUGAAGAAAAUGAUGACAUCCAGUUUGAACCAGUGGUUAAAAUGCCCGAGAAAGUUGAUCUUGUCACGGGGGAGGAGGAUGAACAGGUUCUUUAUUCCCAGCGUGUCAAACUGUUCCGAUUUGAUGCAAACACCAGUCAGUGGAAAGAACGUGGGGUGGGAAUCUUGAAAUUCUUGAAAAACAACUCUAAUGGCAGACUUAGGGUUCUAAUGAGAAGAGAGCAAGUUCUGAAGGUGUGUGCUAACCACUGGAUCACUACCACCAUGAAUCUUAAGCCUCUAGCGGGCUCAGAUAAGGCAUGGAUCUGGAUGGCCAAUGAUUUCUCUGAUGGCAAUGCCAAACCUGAACAGUUGGCUGCCAAGUUUAAAAGUACUGAACUCGCUGAGGAAUUCAAGGCAAAGUUUGAAGAAUGUCAGCGACUCCUCUUGGACAUCCCCCUACAAACUCCACACAAACUGGUCGACACAGGCAGAACUGCACAUCUGAUUCAGAAAGCUGAGGAAAUGAAGUCUGGUUUGAAAGACCUGAAAUCCUUUUUGACCGAUGAUAAAACAAAGGUGAAAGAUGAUGACAGCCAGUUACCGUCCACUGUCAAAUCCAUUUCAAGUCUUUUAAUCAAGCCUCACAAUGAAACCAUUGGGCCGACUUUGGAGUGGGAUAACUAUGACCUAAGAGAAGAGGCUUUGGAUGACACAGCCGAUUCGUCGGUCUAUGCCUCUCCACUCUCCAGCAGCCCACUAAGAAAGAACCUUUUCCGCUUUGGGGAGUCCAUGGGUGGCUUCAGCUUCAGCUUCCAACCUGGCAUAAGCGCCUCCAAGUCUCCUGCCAAGCUUAACCAGAGCCGAUCCUCAGUGGGCACAGACGAUGAGCAAGAUGUUACACAGGAUGAGGAGAGAGACGGUCUGUACUUUGAACCUGUAGUUCCCCUGCCUGACCUGGUUGAGAUUUCCACAGGUGAAGAAAAUGAACAAGUUGUCUUCAGUCACAGAGCCAAACUCUAUCGGUAUGAUAAAGAAGCGAGUCAGUGGAAGGAGAGAGGUAUUGGAGAUCUCAAAAUCUUACAAAAUUAUAACACAAAACGGGUUAGGUUGAUUAUGAGACGAGACCAGGUACUUAAGAUCUGUGCGAACCAAUGGAUUACAGCAGCCAUGAAGCUAGAACCUAUGAAGGGUGCAGAGAAGGCCUGGGUGUGGAGUGCACUGGACUUUGCUGAGGAAGGAGAUGGUAAAGUGGAGCAGCUGGCUGUGAGAUUUAAAUUGCAGGAAACCGCAAACAUAUUUAAGCAGGUUUUUGAUGAGGCCAAGAUUGCUCAGGAGAAAGUGGAACUUAUGACUCCCGUGACAGCCAUAAUUUCUCAGGACAGUGGAGACUCUUCAAAAACUGCUACAACUGUGUGUGGGAAGGCAGCUAUUGCUGUUUUAGAAGAGACCACAAAGGAACGCACUGAACUCUUCAUUGAUAAUAAAUUCUCCGGGUCCCAAAGUCCAGUCAACCCCACCAAGUCAGUGAUGUCGCCCCCUAAGUUUGUGUUCGGCUCUGACAGUCUUCAGAAGAUAUUUGGCAGUCCAAAAUCAAACUCUGAUAGUGGUGAUUGUGAAGCCAGUUUGAAAGCUAAAGAUUCUCCACAUCCUAAUGAGGGCUCAUCUGCGCCCCCUGCAUUCAAAAUUCCACAGAAAGGACUGGAUUUUAGGCUUUUCAAAGAUAACCCAAUGGCCUUUUGGACGAGCACAUCGAGCACUCGGUUUGAAAGUCCAGGUACUCUCAUGACCGCAGUGUGUCUUAACACUUCUCAGCUGUCACCGAGAUGUGCAGAGUCAGAUGAGGACUCUGAGGUGGAGAUCGUGUAUGUCAGGGAACCCACCGCUGAACAAGCUGCUUUAGCGAGGAAAUUACUGCUGCCGCUCACCUUUUUCUGCUACCAGAAUGAACCAGGCUACACCAGUGACAAUCAACCUGAUGAUGAGGACUACGAGUCUGCAGUGAAAGCCUUGAAUGGAAAACUUUACCCCGAUCCUUCUGGAAAAAAAGACACUGAGUCUGCUAACGAGCCUGACUGCCAGGUUGUUUGGGAGAAAAAGCCAACGCCCGAGGAGGAGGAGAAGGCCAAGAGCCUUCAGCUUCCAACCACCUUCUUUUGUGGCCUGAGCACCACUGACAGCGACCAGGAUUGUGACAAGGCGGAGGACUUUGAGACGGAAGUCCGCAAGGCCCAACAGGAACUGGAUGCCCAAUUAAACACAGCUGAAAAGGUAUCCAGUGGCCCUGCUGAAGAGAAGACAUCCGAUCCGUCCCCGAGCUACAAGUCCAGCACAGGGGAAGACGUGUCAAAGCAGUCAGCAGACGUGCAGACACAAGGUGCCAGUAGCAACAGCAACAACGGCUCUCCGAUAGACCUGUCAACUAAGACCGAGCGAGAGACCCCCGCUGCCCUCUCUGCUGCCCCCUUUGCUGCCCCUCCUGCUCUUACAAGUACAGGUACACCCAGCUUUGGCUUCACCACAGCCGAGGGCUUCUCUUUUGCUGACCUGGCCAAAAAUACAGAAGCCUUCGCAUUUGGAACAGAAGAUUCCAACUUCUCUUGGGCUAACGCAGGCGCUGCUGUAUUUGCUUCUUCGGGGCCGACAUCAUCCAACAUCAACAAUGAUGUAGGCGCAAGUGAAGAACAGGACUCCCCAAAAAAUGUUGACAUACACUUUGAACCUAUCGUGUCACUGCCAGAGGUGAAAACCAAGUCUGGAGAGGAGGACGAAGAGAUCCUCUUCAAGGAGCGUACCAAGCUGUACCGAUGGGACAGGGAGCUCAGUCAGUGGAAGGAGCGCGGCGUUGGCGACAUCAAGAUCCUCUACCACCCGGCCAAGCGUUUCUACCGGAUCCUCAUGCGGAGAGAGCAGGUCUUCCGUGUUUGCGCUAACCACAUCAUCUCGCAGGCGAUGGAGCUGCAGCCUACGAACACUUCGCCCAACGCUCUCAUCUGGACCGCCACAGACUACUCGGACAGCGCCGAGGGUGCCGUGGAGCAGCUCGCGGCCAAGUUCAAAACCCCCGAGAUCGCCGCGUCCUUCAAGAAGACCUUCUCCGAAUGUCAAAGCCACAUCGGCCACAAUGACGACGCGUCGUCCGGCCCCGCGCCGAUGAUAUCUAGAAUUCAGGAGCACUCCAGAGACUCCAACCCGCAGGUGUUUCUCGCCGUGGAGGCGGACGGCCAGCCGCUCGGCACCAUCACCGUCGAGCUCUUCUCUCACCUCGUUCCCAAGACGGCGGAAAACUUUAGGGCGCUCUGUACUGGGGAGAAAGGCUUCGGGCUGAGGGGCUCCAGCUUCCACAGGGUCAUACCGGACUUCGUGUGUCAGGGCGGCGACAUCACCAACAGCGACGGGACAGGCGGAAAGUCCAUCUACGGUGCCAAGUUCGAGGACGAGAACUUCGACGUCCGCCACACAGGCCAGGGCAUCCUGUCCAUGGCCAACCGCGGUCGCGAUACCAACAAUUCCCAGUUCUUCAUCACAUUGAAAAAUGCGGAACACCUGGACUUCAAGCACGUGGCUUUUGGCUGGGUUCGACAGGGCAUGGAAGUGGUGCAACAGAUGGGGAAGCUCGGCACAAAGGGAGGCGUCCCCUCCAAGAAGCUUCUCAUUGCUGACUGUGGACAGAUUUAGAGUUCUUAAAUAUUUGAAGCUCGCACAGUCCAAUGGUAUCAAAGAAUUACACACUGACCACAGCACUACUGGUCAAGAGCCACAAAUAUUUUGUAGGAGGUGACGUUAAGAUCUCAUACAUUGAAAUUGUCUAUAUAAUUGUACAUUAACUUUUUUUAAGUUUUGUUUUUGUCUUGCAUGUGCUUAAUUUGAAUGCUGGUACUCUUUACACACACAUACACUGCCCUUUUGACCAAUCUGUAGUUCUAACUUAACAAAUAGAAUGUUAUUUGAAAGCACCAUUGCCUUCUAACUGCCCCUGCCAUCUCCCUGUUCCAUGAAGACUUCCUAAUAGUGUUGUUUGUAUCCUACCCGGUAUUCAUUGUUGUCUGCAUAAAACAUGGAUUGUUUCAUCAAAAGGAGUUCAGUUCAAGAUUCCAUAUGAGCAAGAAUAAAGAUGCUUUAUGACUAA